CCAAGUAGCCGGGAGGUCGAGAGCAUGAAGAUGGACGUUUUCUACUGCCUUUGUAUCAUACCACCACCAACAUGGGUUUAGCUGAACUGCCAGACGAUGUGCUGCUACUCGUUUACUCCUAUCUUGCUAUCCAGGACGUAUUAGCACUCAAGCAGACAUGCCGUGGUUUGCACGCCUUCGGAAGCGCAGAUUAUCUCUGGCACAGGUUAACCGAGCGGUCUGACUUGCCGCUCGACGUCCCCGUGGAUAUACCGAGCACCCAGCUCUCAUCGGACGAGCUGCAGCGCCUCGCAGUCAAAGCCAUCCGCUUGCAGCUCAAUUGGAGGCGUCCCUCCUCGGGGAUCAAGCGCACGACGUCACUGCCAGUGGCCAGUGAUGCGCUUUUUGAGUUCUUGCAGUUCGUCCCGGGCGGCCGAUGGCUAUUGGUCGUCCAAGGAGGUCUUCGUCGCUUCGAGCAUCGCAACUACACCCGUGUAGCAUUCUGGAACCUAUCAGAUAUCGACCACCCGCGAUGUGUCGUCAUGUUUGAGUUUACGGGGAAACAUAGGGGUUCUGCCGUCGCUCUGCGAGAUGGCGAAAGCCUCGUUACGAUCGUCGUAGCAUUGAACGAUGGCGGUUCGCAGGACUUCAUGCAAGUUCGCUCUAUAUCGAUAGACGAGACCAUGAAUGCACUUGACCCGAUGUCCCCCCUGCCCUCGAUGGUCGUGUCUCGCCGAUUGGACUUGCCGCCUUUGCCGGUCGAUAUUCGUGCAACUGCCCUCAUCGAAGGCAUGUCUGUUUGGGACGGCCAAUUGGCUGCAACUGUAGCUCUGAUCAUACCCGAUCAAGAAAUAUCGACUCGCAUGUUGGUCGCGAACACGGAUGCAGGAUGUUCACGAUGGAUGCGCAAGGGUCCCGACCAACCAAUCCCUCUUCCGCAAGCCAGGCUACAGAAUAACCGCAUGGUCGUGUUCGGAUACUCCCGCCAAGACUUCGUCGUCCGCAUUUAUGACCUACCAUGCUGGCUGCAAACAAGACACGGCCUGGGGCUGGAAGGUGAAGAUGUGACAUGGGGCAAGCUGCACGAACAUUACUCGUACCCGCUCGGCAGUAGUCUCAUGGACACUGUCCACAUCCCGUCCGUUUCCGUGAACUUCUUCACCAUCAUAGUCUUCAACGAAGCCGAUUCCACGCAGCCGAAUGCCCACGUCGUCCGCUUUCCUCUGGACGGCAUAAGGGCUCAUUCUGAGUCUAAGGUUACCAGCGCGCGGGUGCCGCUUCCACUCGACACAUCGAUUCGCUCUGUUAGCAUUGGUACCACCGGCCGCCGAGCGGUGUGGGUGGAACACAACCUCGACACAACGCGGACGCGACUCAUGAAACUCGAGUUGGGUGGUGUGCAUGACGGUGCGCCGGAAUUGUUGCAUGGCGUGCUGCUACCUGCAGAUCCGCCUUUGCCCUUCUCCACCGACGCAUGCCAUUCGCUCGCUUUCGACGAGGCCACUUGUCGACUGUGUUUGGGCUUAUGGGACAGCAGCUUACAGAUUGUCGAUUUUUCGUGACAUGGGUAAUGCAGUCGCCAUUGUCCCCUUUUCCUCAAAAACAGCAAUAUCCCGUCUUCCUAUCCUCACGCGACAUGGGACUCGGGUGAAGACAUUCCGGAACGUGUGCCGACUUCCUUGCUGCUGCUUUCCCGCUCCGGCCGAUCUGUUGUCACCUCUCGCCGCGUUCGCCUUUUGUGUGGUCAAACAUGAUGAUUAUCAGAAUCAGGGAUGGAUAGGCUGCCGUGAGAGCUGGUCAUUGCCCCAUAUAUAUCGCCAUCUCCGACUCGUUCACUUUUCCUAUGCACUGGUCAUUACGCUUUGGGCCCGACGAUACCGUCCAGAUACUGUAACCUUGAUAUACAGGAGAACUUUACUUUGAAUGCUGAACGCCUCAUAUUACACACGCCUGUAAUUACGUUGUGUGACGUCUAAUUUUCCGGGCACGGUGU